GGGAAGCAGAAGCACCACUGGCGUCCCGGAGCAGACCAUGCCGCGCCCACCCGUGCUCUUCCCGCUGCUGCUUCUGCUGCUGCCGCCGCUGGCCCCGGGCCUUGGGCUCCGCGGCGCCGGCGGCCGGCGCCCCCAGUGCGGUCCGUGCCGGCCGGAGCGCUGUACGGCGCCCGCGCGCUGCCCCGCGCCCAGGAUCGCGGAGCGCGACGAGUGCGGCUGCUGCGCGCUCUGCCUGGGCGCCGAGGGCGCGAGCUGCGGAGGGCGGGCCGGCGCGCGCUGUGGCCCCGGGCUGGUGUGCGCGAGCCGCGCCGCGGGGGCGGGGCCCGAGGGCACCGGGCUCUGCGUGUGCGCGCAGCGCGGCGCCGUCUGCGGUUCCGACGGCCGCUCCUACCCCAGUGUCUGCGCGCUGCGCCUGCGCGCCCGGCACGCGCCCCGCGCGCACCCCGGCCACCUGCACAAGGCGCGCGACGGCCCCUGCGAAUUUGCUCCCGUGGUCGUCCUUCCCCCUCGGAGUGUUCACAACGUCACCGGGGCACAGGUGUACCUGUCCUGCGAGGUGAGGGCUGUGCCCACACCCGUCAUCACGUGGAGGAAGGUCACACAGUCUCCCGAGGGCACCCAGGUGCUGGAGGACCUGCCUGGGGACCACGUCAAUAUAGGUGUCCAGGUGCGAGGCGGCCCUUCUGACCAUGAGGCCACGGCCUGGAUUUUGAUCAACCCUCUGAGGAAGGAAGAUGAAGGAGUGUACCAAUGCCAUUCAGCCAACGUGGUUGGGGAGGCCCAGUCCCACGGCACGGUGAUGGUUACAGGUCUGAGUAAACACCAGGUCCUCCGCUUCCCAGCUCUAGGGUCUUAGAAACAUUGAUCACAGGAUGAGGGAGAAGUCAAGUCAUGGAUCAUUUUGCUUUGUGAAGAGCUGGAAAAACUGUGUUUGUGGAUGACCCUUUUUGUAUGUUUUUAAAAAUUAGAUGCAAACUGGAUUCGUAUGCAGAUGUAGUUUUUAGCAGGGCAGACGUUAGGAAAACAGACUGCAUGUAGCUUUUUUAUACUGUUGAAGUGAAUUGCUCUGUGCGAGUUCUUUUUGUAACUCCUCCCUCGUCAUGGUCUCGU